AGCUCCAACACCUCAUCUCUCCUCUUCUCUCCCCGAAUCGACUUCGAUGCGGCCAUCACUCCGAUUGGAGACAACCUGGUAGACGAACGACGAUGGACAAAGACCGCUUCCCCCUCACCGCCUCCCGCGAACCCAAUCCUCUCCGUCCCUACUACAUCCCGCCCUCCAUCGGCCCUACAUCUGCCACAUCACCCCCGCAGGCGGCGCACACUCCUAGACCCGCGCCAACAUCCUCCCUGUCGAGCUCGGCGAGAGACUAUCUCCCCGACAUCGACAUCGACCUGCGGUCAACCACCGGCGAAGCAUGGACACACACGCGCGCCUUGCUCGACACGUUGGUGUGGAGAUACACGUCCAUCCUUCUCGCGCAGCCGUUCGAUGUUGCCAAAACCGUCCUUCAGCUCUCUCUUCCACCCUCCGCUGCAUCGCUCUCCACCCCGGUCAAAUCGCGCAAGUCAGCGGGUCGAACAUCAGCGGGUCGACACAGCCAUGGGGCAUCACGAGCGAGUCAUCUGGGAUCCGAGUCGGACUCCGAGGGGAGCAGUGAGCGAAGCGAUGAUGACAUGCCCGACUAUUUCACCUCUGCCGCCCCGCGCAGCCGCUCGCCUCGAAGGAGAAAGCGAGCGCCACACCAUUCCGACAACUCUCCCUCCCGAACCCCUACGCCGAAAGAUCGUCGAGAACAGGACAGCUACGCCGAUUACAAGUUACGCCUCACGAAACCCGACAGCAUCACCCACGCCAUCUCCACCAUCUACACCACCUCCGGCGCCGUAGGGCUAUGGCGAGCCACGAACUGCACCUUUGUCUACUCCGUCCUCCUGCGCACGGCCGACAGCUUCAUUAGGGGUUUGUUGCUGGCGCUCGUUGGCCUGCCUGAUAUCGCGGGUCCAGAUCCGGGGGGUCUAGGACCGAGCCUGAGUGUCACGGGAGCAGGCUUUUCCGGGCUGGAUGUGAGCGAGAGCCCGAAUCCCAUUGGAUCUUUGAUUGUCGCCGGCAUGGCGAGCUGCAUCACCGGCCUGCUUCUCGCUCCCUUGGACCUCGUGCGAACGAGACUCAUCGCCUCUCCCAUCUCUCACGCCCCGCGCGGUCUAGUGCAGAAUCUGCGCCAGCUUCCCUCCCUCGUGGUGCCGUCAGUGCUCUGGCUCCCCACCGCCCUCUACUACUCCGUUCCCCAAAUCUUCUCCGCCGCAUCCCCGCUCAUCCUCCGUCGCCAACUACGCAUCACACCCGAGCUUACCCCGUCCCUAUGGUCCGUCGCCGCCUUCACCACCAGUCUGACCGACCUCUUCAUCCGUCUACCCCUCGAAACACUCGUUCGCAGAGCCCAGCUCUCCGUCCUGCGUCGCCAUGAUCCCGAUCUCCCGACUGUCUUUGAGCCGGCAGAGUACAAGGGAGUGGGCGGGACCAUCUACUCCAUCCUGUACGCCGAGGGAGAGACGACUACCAAGGACUCGAAGGGCAUGCUGCGCACCAGACGUGGGCAGGGCAUGGCGGGAUUGGUCCGAGGGUGGAGAGUCGGGUUCUGGGGCUUGGUGGGGGUAUGGGGUGGAGGUGCGCUUGGGCCGGGGGAGAGCCAUAAACAGCGAGGCGAGUUUUGAAGGGUUGGACAAGGUAAGGUACCUUGCCGACUACGCCUGUGAUGAAGUGGGAGGACUUGAUGCUUUGGCAGCCAGCGACGCGGGAUGAUCCUUACUCCACUCUGCAUUGUGUUUUCAUCUAUCUGCUCCCGAGAUACCUAUUUGCGCAUACGAUGGUCCUUUGCUUGACCGCCCUUCUCUCCUGCUU